ACCAAGAUCAUGUUGAAUCAAGGAGGGAAUGGGACAGGGACAAACAAAAAUGACAUGAAAUUUUCUAUUAUUUAAGGUUUGUGAUAUAUUUUGAAGUCAGGAAGUGUACCUUGGACUUUAUUCUUCUUGCUUAAUACUGCUUUGACUAUUUGGAAUAUUCUAUGGCUCCAUAUAGAUGUUUCACUUUCGAGACUGCAGUCAACUUGCCACACAAACUUAACUGAUGAAAGCUCCUGGACUGGGACUCAUGGAAAAAGGAACAGCCGGCAGUCGUCAAGCAGUGAAGGAGGCAGAAUCAUGAGCCAGAGUGUGCCUUAUCACAUCUCCUCUCUUUGGGGACUGUUGUCCCUUUGGAUGCUGUGUACCUCCUCCGGCAAUAAAUGCACGGUGAGACAGGAAGUAGCCGACUGCAGCCAUCUGAAGUUGACUCAAAUACCUGAUGACCUGCCCACCAACAUAACAGUGUUAAAUCUUACCCACAACCAGAUCAAAAGAUUGCCACCUGCCAAUUUUACAAGGUAUAGCCGGCUUACUGUCUUGGACGGAGGAUUUAACACCAUCUCAAAGCUGGAGCCAGAAUUGUGCCAAAGCCUUCCUUUGCUGAAGGUUUUGAACCUCCAACACAAUGAGCUUUCUCAGCUUUCAGAUAAAACCUUUGUUUUCUGCAUGAAUUUGACUGAACUCCAUUUAAUGUCCAAUUCAAUCCAGAAAAUUCAAAAUAAUCCCUUUAAAAACCAGAAGAAUUUAAUCAAAUUAGAUCUGUCUCAUAAUGGUUUAAAAUCUACAAAACUGGGGACUCAGCUCCAGCUGCAAAAUCUCCAAGAGCUUCUACUAUCAAAAAACAAAAUUCAGGCACUGAAAAGUGAAGAGCUUGCUUUCCUCGGCAAUUCUUCUCUAAAAAAAUUAGAGUUGUCAUCAAAUCUAAUUAAAGAGUUUUCUCCAGGGUGUUUCCAUGCAAUUGGACAAUUAUUUGGCCUCUUUCUGAACAAUGCCCAACUUGGCCCAAGUCUCAUAGAGAAGCUUUGUUUGGAGUUAUCAAACACUAGCAUUCAGAAUCUGUCUCUGAGUAACAGCCAGCUGAACAGAAUCAGCAAUAGGACUUUGCUUGGACUGAAGCACACCAACCUCACCAUGCUCGACCUUUCCCACAAUAACUUGAAUAUGAUCGAUGAUGAUUCCUUUGUUUGGCUUCCACAUCUCAAAUAUCUCUUCCUGGAGUAUAAUAACAUAGUGCAUUUGUCUAAUCACUCAUUUUAUGGACUUUUCAAUGUGAGACACCUUAAUUUGAAACGAUCUUUUCCUAAACAAAGUGUGUCCCUCACUUCACUUCCCAAGAUUGAUGAUUUUUCCUUUCAGUGGCUAAGAUGCUUGGAGUACCUUAACAUGGAAGAUAAUGAUAUUCCAAGCAUAAAAAGAAAUAUGUUCACAGGAUUGAUAAACUUGAGAUACUUAAGUCUAUCCAACUCCUUCACAAAUUUGAGAACUUUAAAAAAUGAAACAUUUUCAUCACUAGCUCAUUCCCCCUUACUCAUACUCAACCUGACCAAAAAUAAAAUCUCAAAAAUAGAGAGUGAUGCGUUCUCCUGGUUGGGCUCCCUAGAGGUGCUUGACAUUGGAAUUAAUGAAAUUGGGCAAGAACUCACAGGACAGGAAUGGAGAGGUCUAGAAAAUAUUUUUGAAAUCUACCUUUCCUACAACAAAUACCUACAACUCACUAGCAACUCCUUUGCCCUGGUCCCAAGCCUUCAAAGACUGAUGCUCCGAAGGGUGGCUCUUAAAAAUGUGGAUAUCUCCCCUUCACCUUUCCACCCUCUUCAUGACUUGACCAUUCUGGAUUUAAGCAACAACAACCUAGCCAACAUAAAUGAAGAAAUGCUAGAGGGCCUUGAAAAGCUAGAAGUUUUGGAUUUGCAGCACAACAAUUUGGCACGACUCUGGAAACAAGCAAACCCCGGUGGUCCUGUCCAUUUCCUCAAGGGUCUUUCCCACCUUCACACCCUUAACUUAGAGUCUAAUGGCUUGGAUGAGAUCCCAGAAGGAGUUUUCAAGAAUUUAUUUCAACUAAAAAGCAUCAACUUAGCCUUGAAUAAUUUAAAUGUACUUCCACAAUCUGUCUUUGAUGACCAGGUAUCUCUGAAGUCAUUGAACCUUCAAAAGAAUCUCAUAACAUCAGUUGAAAAGAAAGUUUUUGGGCCAGUUUUCAAGAAUCUGAGUAAUUUAGAUAUGAGCUUUAACCCAUUUGACUGUACAUGUGAAAGUAUUGCCUGGUUUGUUAAUUGGAUUAAUAAGACACGUACCAACAUCUCUGAGUUAUCAAGUCAUUACCUCUGCAAUACUCCACCUCAGUAUCAUGGGUUCUCAGUGAGGCUUUUUGAUACAUCAUCCUGCAAAGACAGUGCACCCUUUGAACUCCUUUUCAUGAUCAAUACCAGUUUCCUGUUAUUGUUUAUCUUUAUUGUGCUGCUCAUCCAUUUUGAGGGCUGGAGGAUAUCUUUUUAUUGGAAUGUUUCAGUACAUCGAAUUCUCGGUUUCAAAGAAAUAGAUGGCCAGCCAGAGCAGUUUGAAUACACAGCAUAUAUAAUUCAUGCAUACAAAGAUAGGGACUGGGUCUGGGAACACUUUUCCUCAAUGGAGGAAGAAGAUCCAUCUAUCAAAUUUUGUCUAGAAGAAAGGGACUUUCAGGCAGGUGUCCUUGGACUUGAAGCCAUUGUCAAUAGCAUCAAAAGGAGCAGGAAAAUUAUUUUUGUUAUAACACAGCAUCUUCUAAAGGACCCAUUAUGCAAAAGAUUCAAGGUACACCAUGCAGUUCAGCAAGCUAUCGAACAAAACUUGGAUUCAAUUAUAUUGAUUUUUCUAGAGAAUAUUCCAGAUUAUAAACUGAACCACGCACUCUGUUUACGAAGAGGAAUGUUUAAAUCUCGUUGCAUUUUCUAUUGGCCAGUUCAUAAAGAACGGAUAGAGGCUUUUCAUCAUAAAUUGCAAGUAGCACUUGGAUCUAGAAAUUCACUACAUUAAAUGAGAAAAGAAAUAACUUUCGCAAUUUAGAAAGUUCCAUGGAAAACUUAAGUUUCACUUGAAAAUAAUAUAAUCUGUAGAUGACAAUAGGUGACGGGAUUCUAUCAUAAUUACAUCUCAUCUAUGGAAAUGUAUCUCUGUAGACACACUUUCAGGAGUCUUGUUGAUGGAUUAAUUGACCCAUAGUAAACAUAUUAGUGUAUAAGAACAUUUUCUACUAAUGAAUAUAUAAAUGGUCAGAGAGUCUUGUGAUAAAUGAGUUUCAGAGUAUUCUUCAUUGAAAAAAAAGUUAGAAAAAAGAAAGAAAGAAAAGUUAGUGUUAUGUAAGGGUUCAUGAUAAUCGUUUUUGGAUGCAGUUACAAUUGAAUGAAAGGUACUUGUUUUAAUGGGUAUGAUGUUACUUAAAUUAUAAAAGAAUGAAAUACAAAGGUGACUCAAAAAGUUCAUGGAAAAGGAAAUAAAAAUACUGUACAGGUUCCACAAAUCUUUUGAAGAUCCUUUUGUUUAUAUUUACAUUUUUAAAAGCUUAAUUACAAUAGUUUUUCAACUGAAAAGGGUUGUAUUUUAGUAGUGCCUGUCCAGUGUUAAUUCUAUUAAAUGCUUAAAUAGCUUUUUAAUAUACACACUGUAGGGCAGAAAAAAAAUUGCAAUACAUUUUGAUUCAUUAAUGAAGUAAAUAUUUUAAUAAAUACUUGUGUUAUUAUGAUAUUUAAGUUUCUUCUACAGGGGGUAGAAACAAUUCUUUUACUUAAAAGAAAGAUUUGCUUCCUGAAGGUUAUCAGUAGAAUGGCUUUCUGGAAACAAGAAUCUUCCUUCCCUGAUCACUGACUUGGGAGGUGGAAUUGACCACAUCAUUUGGUCCCACUGAGAUUCUUUUACUCCAGAUCUAUGUUGUUAGUGACCAGGAUUAUGGUAUAAUAGAUUCAUGUGUAAUAUAUUAUUGUGCCAUAAAAGAGUAUGCUAUGUGAAGUUAACCCUUAUUUAGGAAGACAAUUAUUUUGUUUUUGGAGUCUAACUAUUGAAAACAAACAGGACUAGCUUUUUGAAUGUAGAGUUAAUUUCUAUACUUGCAGUACUCAUUUGCAUAGUUUAGGGGGCAUUUGAGGUGUUACAUUAUUUUGAAACUUGAUUUAAAUGAAUUUUUAUUCUCAGGGUUAAGUGCAUACAACCCUGAGAUAAGUAACAUUCACUGUCGUGCUGAUUCUGAAAAAGUGAAUGUGAAUACAUGGGGGACUCAUUGUCACUUUCACAUUGUUUGCCAUCCUUACAUCUGAGACAUUUAUGUUCACAGCAUUUUAGGUAAGAUUUACUUUUUAACUGUGAAAUGUAACUGUAAAAUUCAUAACUACUUCGUUCUUGAUACGACUUGCGUGUUGUUUAUCAAUGUUCUCAAGUUUUCAUUAAAAUUUGUUAAAAUAACCUAACUAUUGUUAAUCAAAAUAUCAUCAGAGUGUAAAAUAAAAGGUAGAAAAUAACUUCGUUUUAUUCUCAUGUUUAUUUUCUUGUGCAAUAGCUGAUCAAAUGGCCACAAUUUAUACUGAGUCCAAAUAUAAUUUUUAGGGCUGGUGCCUGCGGCGCCAGCACUCCUGGUUCUAGUCCCAGUUAGGGUGCUGGCUUCUGUCCCAGUUGCUCCUCUUCCUGUCCAGCUCUCUGCUGUGGCCCGGGAAGGCAGUGGAGGAUGGCCCAAGUGCUUGGGCCCUGCACCCGCAUGGGAGACCAGGAGGAAGCACCUGGCACCUGGCUUUGGAUCCGCUCAGUGCACCAGCUGCAGCGCACCGGCCGUAGUGGCCAUUUGAAGGGUGAACCAACAGAAAAGGAAGACCUUUCUCUCUGUCUCUCUCUCUCUCUCACUGUCUAACUCUGCCUUUCAAAAAAAAUCAAUAAAUCAAUCAAUAAAAAAUAAAACAAAUAUAAACAAAUAUAAUUUUUAAAGAGUUGGUUAAUAUGUUAAGAGAUUACGAUUCACUAGGAAUGACUUUUUUAAAUGAAUACAAGUAACAUUAAUAAUAGGUGCAAAUGCUGACUUGUUGUUGACCUUCAUAGGAAACAACAUCCUGAACUUUUGUAGGCUGUCCUUUAUAAUUGUUCUCAGGAGGAGUUCUCUCCCCUUGGGUGCAAGACAAGAGGAUUGCAGAAAAGGAUGUUUGUCUGAUGUCCUAUUUAAUUUCCACAAGCAACUUGCCAACUUUGAGUACUCUCAGGGUGCCAUCACGGAAUCUGUUCACUCCAGCUCCUUCCUGUUUUUUGCCUUGCAAAACAAAGCCCAAUUGAAUCAGUACUGAGUUUAAAAUAGAUCUCAGUAUUUAUAUUGGACCUAAAAUGAUAUCUUUUAGGUUGUAGUAAAAAGUAGAUGCGAAUCAUUUUGUUAAUAAGGAAGGGUGUUUUCAAUGCCAUUUUUUAAUAACCUCAAACUACUCAAACAUGUACCUUGGAUUAUUUGUAAAAGGAACUCAACAGUAAGUGAUGGUCAACAUUAGAAUAUGUAAAGAUGCUUCAAAAUCCAGGACUUAAAAAGUAUCUCUUGCCCUCUACAGAGAAGAAAGCAGAUUAGUGGUUGUCUGGGCCUAGGGGUCGAAGAGGAGUGACCCCAAAAAGGUAGAAGAGAUAUUUUUAGGGUGAUGAAAAAAUUCUGCCUCUAGGCCAUCCUAAGAAAUCUCUUCACAUUUUUGCCUAUAGAGUCAACAUGAAAAUGGAGUGAGUGUGGCUAAAAACUAAUUGUAGAUCUCUUACUUCUGUACAUACGAGCUUUACUUGCUAAUGGCUAAGGGUGUAUCUUGUGAAACUAUGCUGGCCCAAAUUCCAAGGAACUGAGAAUUCCAAGGAAUUGAGAAAGGACACAACCCAAGUGUUCUGCCUAAGUUGACAGAAAUGUGCCCUGUACCUGUUAUCUUACAACCAUACCUUGGGUUUGUUAUUGUUCCUGGGUUAGUUAUUGUUAACUGUUAUCUUACAACCAUACUUUGGGUUUUUUAUUGUUCACUGCAUACCAGGUUCAGUUUGAAAUUGUGAGCCUUAGUGGACAGAAUACUAUAAAAAGCUGUGUAACUCGCUGUUGGGGGCCGCACUCUGGUAAGGAGUGUCGGUCCUGAUCGGUUGCCUUGCCUCUCAUUUUCAAUAAAGUUCAUGUGACUGUCA